AUGCCCGAGUACAUCGGGCUCAACGGCUCGAAUCUCUUUGAAUUCGACGAACGAAUUCUACGAGACCACAUUCUGGCGGACAACAGCUCCGGCUCCGGCAUCGAAUAUGACGAGCGGAUAUUCCCCGGCUUCGAAAUGCUCAAUCUUGCCUUUCGACAAGACUACCUGGUGGAUCAGGAUGGUGCAUUCGCUACGUCUGACCAGCUCGAUUCAAGUAUGGCAGUCUACGGCCGUGUCAGACGGGUCGUGUGCUUUCGCCGAGGCCAUUCUUUCGACCGUGUGGAUGGCCUCAGCAUCACACCAAACGACCUAACUGCUAUGGAUUUGCAUCCUGCGACACUCCAGUAUUCGCGUCGAACGACGACCGAGGGUCGCUUCUGGUCCGUCGAUAAGUCGAGAUUGAGCCUAUUAUUGGCCUUUUCGUCGCACCCUCGGACUCCUCAUGACUUUCCUUCAAUGACCUACGAUCUCAAGUCACGAACAUCGACUGUUCUCAUACGUCAGUCGCACAAUUCUCGGAGAGAUGACUUUCAAGAGCUCGAUGAAUACGACAAUCGCCUGGAGGCUCCUACGGCAGCUCGAGAUCCUCUUCCCGUCCUGAGCCGUCUGUUCUAG